AUGACGCAACCUGAUUUGCAGCCAAUCGUGGUUUGGCAAAAAACAGACUUGAAUUUGUUGCUUGAAUGUCUGAAAUAUCAAAUGGACAGCCCUGCGACUCAGAAACAAGCCCUGAUCACCAUCCAUUCCAUAUGUCAACAGAACAGUGAAGCAAGUGAUUACUUCCGUGAGAUUGGAGGCGUACAGUUUGUUAAUGGACUUAUAAAACUGAGUGAUGCUCCUAUCCUUCGGGAGGCAGCCUUGUUCACUUUAGGAGCUUUAGCUGAAAGCAGUGUGUACUGCCAACAGAGUUUGUGCACUGCAGAACUAUUGUCUGAUGUCGCCUUGUCACUUGCUCAGGAAGGUGCUUCGUUGAUUCUGAAGAGGAUGAAUGUCUACAUGAUCCUGGUGUUGGUGUCACACAACAAGAUUGGACAAACAUUGGCGAGGACAACUGGAUGUAUUGAUGUUCUUCUGAAUUUGUUCAGAUGGUCGGCAUUAACUGGGGAAUCACUUGUGCUCCCUGUAAAUAGAACAGACUCAAAACUAGUGUUUGAGUUAGCAUGUACGGGUUUGUUGUGCGUAUCCCUGUCAAGACUGUCAAAGAUGAAAACAUACGUACAGGACUACUUUUGCAAAGUUGGAGGCCUGGAUGCUGUGGCUCAGACUCUUGUGAGGUUGGUGGAUGAAUCCAUAAGACAUCAUUCCAGCACAGAACUGGCAAUAUCUGUAGUUAAGACACUGAAUUCCUGCAUCUCAGAAAAUCCUCCUGUGGUUUCCCACUUAUCGGAAUAUUUUAUCGUACCCAAGCUUGUAGCACUGUUGUUACAGAAUGAUCUUGACAUAAGCAGUAAAUUGGGCAUUAUUCUUGCUAUUGGGCACUGUACUGAUGGAUGUGAUUUAAUUGAUACUGAAAUCAAUAGCACUCUUACCAGUCCUGCACCAUCACUUAAUGCAGGUCAAGAUUUCCGAUGUUCAGGUUGUUCAACUGUAGCAGCAUCCCUGAAUAGUAGAAAUUUCUGCAAAAUUCUUCAGUUGUGCCCCAAUAAAUGUGAUCGACACAAAGUGAUUCAAGAAUGUGAAGAUAGAUACAAAAGGGAAUUAAAGAAGUUAUUAAACUGUUACAGUUCUAUGACUGACAAAAAGAAUCUUCUGACUCCAAUCAAGAAAGCUACGUCUCACAUGACAAAUUUCCACACACGGCGCACAGAUUUUCUAAUCAUGCCUAAAUCAUCUACGAAAGAUUUUCACACAAAAAAGAUUCUUUUGACUCCAAUCCAAAAAACGGCAUCUCAGAUGACGAAUUACCGCAGACAACAAACAGAUUUUAUAACUUGGCCUAAAACAUCUACAAAAGAUAUUCAUGUAAAACGAUUUCUUUUGACACCAAUGAAGAAAUCUGCAUCCGGUGGGGCUGCUUUCCGCCUGCGAAAAGAUGAUACAAUACAAUUUAAACCAACUAUGGGACAAGAGAUUGUAACCAAGAGCUAAGUGCUGCAAUAACUUGCUGGCACUGAAAGACAUGAUGUGGAG